AUGAACAGGCUGUGGGAUCCCAGCAAAGCUGCUUGGUUAUAUCCUUUGCGUGGGAUUUACUACUUUGCGUCGCACCGAUUUCUUUGGCCGCUGUUUCGGGCGCGCUUGAUACCUAUCGUCCUGCUUUCUACCUUUAUCUACUUCAUCCUCUUUCUUUUCACAUAUCUGCCACAGGUUGCCUUUCUCGCCAUCUUCCAAGGCGCCGGUGCUUGGGUCAAUGGUGCGUUUCUCGUUCUUGGAGAAGGAGCGGCCAUCGUAGCGCUACUGUUUGAAGCAUUUUUUGUCGACGAGACCUUGGUGGACAUCUUUGAUGCUGUUCUUGUCAACGAGGGCCAUGGCGAGCUCGUCUCCGCUUGUAGGGUCCUAUAUCCCCAGGGCGACGACGUUGUCAAGCGGCUAGGUAAACCAACCCAAAGCGCGGUGUAUUCGCCAUUUUCUCUGCGGCAGAUCAUCGAGUUUAUCGUCUUGCUGCCCUUGAACUUCAUCCCCGUCGCAGGCACACCGAUGUUCUUGUUGUUGACCGGUUAUCGCGCGGGGCCAUUUCAUCACUGGCGGUAUUUCCAAAUGCUAGAUCUGUCGAAAAAACAAAGGAAGGAAAGCAUCCGUCGACGGCAGCUUCAAUACACUACAUUCGGAACAGUUGCUCUGCUUCUACAGCUGAUUCCUGCCUUAUCAAUGUUCUUCCUCAUGUCAACUGCGGCUGGGUCUGCCCUCUGGAACCGCCAGGCUAAUCUUCGGCUAAAGUGUGAUACAAGUGGACCACCCUGUCGGUCAUGUGCAAGCCUGGACAUCCCCUGUACCUAUGACAGACCAAGCAGACGUCGUGGCCCUCCGAAUCGCCAUGCAGAGGCGCUGAAGAGACAGAGGCUAGGAACUUCACCAAGUGCUUCUACUACUGCAAUCUCUCCCAGCCCGUCAGAUUUUUCUCCGACGCUUCCACCAAUAUCCGCAGUCAACCAGAAUCUCGCGUCCUCUUCAAUUCCAUCUUCGGUAGAAUCCAUUUGUUCUUUGCCCACAGCGCGGCUGUUGGUCGAUGAUUUCUUCACGUAUAUUCAUCCAUUGGUCCCCAUCCCUCAUGAGCCCUCAUUCCGCGUCGCCUUUGAGCGACGGGAGGACACCACCAACCCGACAUUCCUGGCCCUCUUGGCCUCGAUGAUCGGGAGCCUGGUGGCAUCCUUCCCGAGGAGACCAAAGCUUCAUCUCAAGACCGAGGCAGAGAAAGCGGCCUUUCCCCACUCCCUUGCCUUGGUCAAGCGCUGUCAUGAUGUUGCCGUGCAAGCUCGAGGUGUCGGGUACCUCGAUCGGAGCGCCACAGUCUAUGACGCUGCCAUAAGCUACUUCCUGUGUCUCUGCUCGGCAUACGUCUACAACAUUCGGCGAUGUCGGGUCUACCUUGCCGAGUGCCGCACGAUGUUGCAUGUGUACGAUCUCUGCCGGCAGUCGACCAUACAGUCGUCCUUGGGGCCAACAAGCCCGAUUUCUUCUUCGUCGGGCAUAUCACAGGAUCGGCUCAGUGGUCCAGCUGAGCGCCCAGUGGACCUGAUCGAGCAGGAGCUCGCGCGGCGUCUGUUCUAUGUGACGCUCGCCGGCUACCGAUCAAUACAGCAGAUAGGCUCCUCUGACACCCCCCUCUAUCUUCCUCCAGAGACGCCGACGGACCGCUACCCACCAUUACCCCUUGAAGUGGACGACGAGUUUAUUUUCAGAACGCAUGUCGAACCUCAGCCAGCCAACCGAGUUUCGCAGCUGGUGGGUUUCAACGCCAACGUCCGGGUCUAUAACUCGUACAACUCCCUGUCCGCUUGGGAGGUUGCGUUCGGCAGCGGGCAAAUCGUUGACUGGGAGCGGCAACGGUCUCUGCUAUUCGAAUGUUUGCAGAAUUCCAAAGCGGCUUUGGCCAAUGUGCCACCGGAGCUAUCACUCCACCCUCGCCGGGACGAUUCCGCGGACGCGGCUGAGGACCUCUGGAUGCGCGAGCGUCGCCAUAUCCAGUACGAGAUCCAGAAGGCCAAUAUCUACGUGAGCCAACUAGCCACCAGGUCCUACUUGGCGGAGAAGUACUGGAGUCUCUACGCCACUUGGAAGAUGUAUCACCGACCCUCCGAAGAGGGAGGACCCGGAACUCCAGUGAAAGUGGAGGGCAAUACGCACAAGGGGAUCGAUGAUGCUGCUCAGAGCGACUACAUUGGAAUGGCCAUGGCAGAAGAACGCCGUCUCGUCGUUCGAGAUCUGUUUGUCUUGCUACGGUCGGUCAACGAGGUCAAUAUGGAGCCCAACGGUGGCAGCUUUACCGGUAAAGUCCGCCAAGUCGCGUCAACCUUGCUCAACCUCCCCCACUCACGGACCGAGACGACCACCUUUACACCCUCCACGCCCGGCCCCAACCCCAUCACCCUUGCCGAGGCAGAAUCCUAUUUACACGCCUUCAUCGACACCCUCAUCCGAUUGGAGGGACUCGCGGCGCCCACACCGGGCGCGGCCGGGACAAGUCCCAACGCCAACGGACGUAGAAUGAGUUAUUUGAGCGACCGGGAACAAGACGAGGAGGAGCUGCGCCAGUGGGCGAGUCUGAGGGACUGCCAGGCGAAAUUCAGCAUGUUGACUGACCUUUGA